ACCAACCAAAUUGUGGUAAGGAAGACCAACGCCCCCGCUUUGCCUAUCGUUCAAGUUCAGGGGUCGGGCUCGUUUCCUGUCUCUGUGUUUCUCGCGGCCAAAGCUGUUGUGUCAAAACAAAUGGCCAACAAUCCCUCGCAGCUACUCCCCUCAGAGCUGAUCGACCGGUGCAUAGGGUCGAAGAUAUGGGUGAUAAUGAAGGGCGACAAGGAGCUCGUCGGGACUCUCAGGGGUUUCGAUGUCUACGUCAACAUGGUUCUCGAAGACGUCACUGAAUAUGAGAUUACUGCUGAAGGAAGAAGGAUAACCAAGCUUGAUCAGAUUUUACUCAAUGGAAACAACAUUGCCAUUCUGGUCCCAGGUGGCUCCCCUGAAGCAGAGUAAUAGAAUAGAGCAAGGGUAUUCUGCAAUCUGCAGAAUGGAGUCCCAGCUUUUUGUUGUUGCUAGGUGACAUGGUUGUAAGACUGUCCUGUGAAUUUGUAUGAUUGAUGGGUCAGUUUUCUUCUGAAUUCUAGUUGCUCGGCCUGGUUUUAAAACUAUCAGUAUUCGGGAUAUAUCUUAUCUUUCUGUAAUGUACUGGAAGUUAACAGUUCAAUUGCUGACAAAUAUAUUAGUAUG